AGCUUCAUCCCACUGCGCUCGAUUGAUGUAUUGCUAGUCAACAGACUUUCCGCAUCUCAUCCGAGCAGCCGACUGCCACAUCCGGGGCUUGAAAAAGUUACCCCCUCGCGAUGACGGACAAGCUCCCCCCUAACCUGCUGGCGCUCUUCGCGCCACGCCCUCCGCUGCGAUGGGUUCCGCCUCCCGACCAUGCGCCCGAGUCGCGACGAACCCUACCAGUCUCUGGCGUCGCCGAGUUCCUCCCCGCGCUCCAACAUUACAAGGAAACGGACGAAUACAAGCCGACUGAGAGUUGGCUGCAGAUGCGCGACCGCAAGAAGCUCGAAAAACAGGCCGCCGUUGAGAGGCUGAAGACUGAGGGGCCGAAGAACUUCAAGCCACACGAAGAUCCAAAUAUCCGUGGCGACGCUUUCAAGACCCUGAUCGUUGCGCGACUCUCGUACGAGGCCAACGAACAGGACCUCGAGAGGGAGUUUGGGCGAUUCGGCCCCAUUGAGCGCAUUCGCAUCAUCACUGACACUCAUGCACAUGAGAAGCCCAGAAAGAAGAAGAAGCCCCACCGCGGCUACGCCUUCGUCGUAUUUGAACGAGAAAAAGACAUGAGAGCUGCUCUAGAUGCCUGCGAUGGUAUUCGAAUCAAGGACCGACGGAUCAAGGUAGACGUCGAGCGAGGCCGCACCGUCAAGGGCUGGGUGCCCCGUAGAUUUGGCGGCGGUCUUGGCGGCAGAGGCUACACCAAGGCUCUUCCGGCUAGACCAAUGGGCGGCGGACCUGGUGGCAACUUUGGCGGCGGUUUCCGAGGAGGCUUUCGUGGCGGCUUCGAGGGAGGACGUGGCCGCGGAGGCUUCAGGGGAGGGUUUGGCGGCGGCCGCGGAGGUUUCCGUGGAGGCGGCGACUUUGGCGGCCGAGGUGGUGACCGUGGCCCCAACGGAUACGGCGCACCCAGAGAUGCCCCCUCAGGACCUGGUCGCGGCCUCGGAGGUGACCGUGGUGACCGAGGCGACCGCAGCUUCUCCGGCGGUGGGUAUGACCGUGGUGGCCGCUCAUUUGACGACAGAUCCGGCGGUGGCUUCCGUGAUGGAGGUCGUCACGGCGACCGUGGCGACCGGGAUCGCGAUGGCGGCCGCAGAACUGGAAGCAACAUGGAGCCGAUCAGACCCAGAGGAGAAGGUGGGUAUCGCGGUGACCGAGGCGACAGAGAAGACCGGGACCGCGGACGCGACAGGGACAGGGACUUUGACCGACCUCGCGACGAUGACAGCAGGAAACGUGGCUACGAAGGCGGCGGCUACGAAGACCCCAGGAAGUUGCGUCGUUACUGACGAGACACGUAGUGUCUUGCGGUGGGUGGCAAGUCGCUCGUCUCAUCUCUUUGUUUAUUUUCUUCUUCCCCUUCUCUAUCGAGGGUAAGCAGAAGGUGUCGGGCGCAAUAUUCCUCCAGUACCUCCAUAUUCGGAUCAAGACAAGUCAAACCCAUGCCACUGGGCAAGUAUAUUCAACGCAAACCAAAACCAGGCGCGUCGGUAUCCCACAGCAUACAAGCAUUUCGCACUUCACCAAAAUGCCUUGAACGUCUGCAGCAGUUGGUUCCAAGGUAACCUUUUUACUCGCGUUUGCGGCAUCGGCCCGGAUCCAAGGACCAGACGACGAAUCGACUCAACACACUACUGGACAGGUAAGGUCAGAGGUAAGGGACUCCGUGCCUACUGACCUG